AUGAAUAAGAUAUUCCUGCCCGGGGUUGCACUUAUCCUGGUCGUAGGUUGUGCUGUCGGGACUAUUCUUGUCGUCAGACAAAGCAACAGUGGUGGCAGCGGUGGUGAUCAGUUGGCCUCCCAUAACAAGGCCGUGACGGCGAUAUGCCAAGGCUCCGACAACCAGAAGGAGUGCGAAGACACUCUGGGGUCCGUCAACUCGUCGGACCCGAAAGAAUACAUCACGACGGCGGUGGCGAAAGUGAUGCAAAAGGUGAUAGGUGCCGCUAACAUGACCGACAAGCUCGCCGUCGAACAUGGCUCCGGCGACAAAGGCGUUAAGAUGGCUAUUGAUGAUUGCCAGGACCUGUUGCAGUCAGCCAUUGAUUCACUCGAGGCUUCAAAUGCCAUGCUCAAAGGCGACGAUAUUAGAAGCAUCGAGAACAGAACUGACGACGUCAAGAACUGGUUGGCCAUGGUGUUAUCCUUCCAGCAAUCAUGCUACGACGGGUUUGAGGCAGGCGGCGGCGAGGAAAAGAUAAGAGAUACACUGCACACACAGGGUGGCCUGGACGACAUACAGAAGCUUACCGGAGUGGCGCUUGAUGUUCUCGCCGGCCUCAACAAUCUGCUUUCUGCAUUCAACUUGGAUUUGACAGUGAAGGCUCCGUCUCGUCGUCUCCUGGAAGAAGAAGAUCACAGUUGGUUGUCUGAAGCUGAUCGCAAGCUCUUGGAUGCUGCCAACCCUCAACCCAACGCAGUGGUUGCGAAAGAUGGAAGUGGUCAAUAUAAAACCAUCACCGACGCUCUUAAUGCAUACCCAAAGAACCACCAAGGCAGAUUCAUCAUCUACGUCAAAGCUGGAACUUAUAACGAGUACCCUCUCGUUGACAAGAAAAAGCCGAAUGUCUACAUGUACGGAGACGGCGCUACAAAAACCAUCGUCACUGGAAACAGAUGCGUGGAGCCCAAGAAGGAAUGGAGGACCUUCAACAGUGCCACCUUCGCCAUUGUUGGAGACAUGUUCAUUGCCAAGGGAAUAGGAUUCGAUAACACGGCUGGUUCUAUUGGACACCAAGCAGUGGCGGUUCGGACACAAGCAGCCCACGCGGCCUUUUUCCAGUGCGCCUUCCGUGGUUUCCAAGACACCUUGUACGUGCAGGCAGGGAUUCAGUUGUUCCGCGAGUGUGAAAUCACAGGCACCAUCGACUUCAUUUUCGGCGCAUCCAGAACUCUGAUACAGAAAUCAAAAAUCAUUCUGAGGAAGCCAAUGGAGAACCAACAGGACAUAGUGGUAGCAGACGGCUCCAUAAACCCCAAGGCAGGGACUGGGGUUGUGAUUCAGAACUGUGACAUCUCUGCAGAGCCGGGGCUUGACAAGAACGCGAAUCCUUGCUACUUGGCCAGGCCAUGGAAGGCCUACUCUAAGGCCAUCUUCAUGGAAAGCACUCUGGGUGAUAUUAUUCACCCAGAUGGAUAUCUUCCUUGGACUGGGGAUAUGUACCUAAAAACAUGUUACUUCGCUGAGUAUGCCAACACUGGACCUGGUUUUAGCCCCAACACCAGGGUCAAGUGGGGUCGAGGCCAGCUUACAAAGGAUCAAGCUGCUGCAUAUACUGCUACCCGAUAUCUUGAGGGUAUGGGCCAGCCAUGGUUGGCUGCCACUGGUGUUCCUUUCGAUCCCACCUUCACCAAAGCUUAG